UUACCCUCAAAGAUUCGACAGCUUGAGGAGUAGGAGGACAACCUGCAGCUGGAAUUAAGACAUUUUAAGAAAUUAACCAUUAAGCCCUGCCAUUUCGCUCAACGUCCUUCAAAUCCACUUUACUGUCUCUAAGUCAUGCCCACAUACCCGAAAGCAAAAGCUAUGUCUGCUUCCUGGUUCAGCAUUGAAAAUUGUGUUCUGUUAUAUUUGUUUAAAAGAAAAAAAAUCAAUGCCUUCAAACGUGAUACAAGGCAGCAUGUUAACAUGUGAUAUCAUGGUUUCUGCGUUGCUCGUCUUUGGAUAUGCUGCUUUCUUCAUAGUACCCGUGUUAUCCUGUCGCCCAAAGGAGUACACAACGAGGGAUAAUCAGUGUUGCCCGAUGUGCCACAAAGGUACAGUUGUUCAGAGAGACUGCACCAUAAACGCAGGAACUCAGUGUCGUCCAUGUGAAGAGGGGACUUUCAUGAACCAGCCCAGUGGCCUGUAUAGCUGUUUCACUUGCACUUCCUGUGACACAGGUCAUGGUCUCCUUGUCCAGCAGAACUGUACAACAACAACUGACACAGUGUGUGAUGUUUCAAGUGGCUAUUACUGCAAAAGUGUGACAGACAGUAGUGGAUGUAGUUUGGCAGAGAAACAUUCACAGUGUGCUGCUGGUCAGAGGAUAAAAGAACCCGGAACCAGCAGAAGUGACACAGUGUGUGAAGACUGUCAGCCCGGCUCUUUUUCCAAGGACGGUGUGACGUGCACAGCUUGGACAAUUUGCUCCAAAAGCCAAAUAAAGAUCAAAGAAGGAAGUUCAACCAGUGACGUUGUCUGUGGGAGUGCAUCAAGACAGCAUAACCUUUUAAUUGCACCUUUUUCAUUUUUUGCAGUAGCAGUUAUUGGCCUUGUGGCAGCAGGCCUUGUGAAAGCAGCUAAGAGUGGAAAUUACAGCUGCUAAGGUCCCGCCAGUGCCGUCUACCUGAGCUCCAACCCCUGACGGCAGAAUGCUCGCUUCGUGUCUGCCAUCUGUCCUCCAUUUUGCUGGUGGCAGCGACGUCCUGCCAUCGAUGAUGGCUUCACUUGGCUUAGAGUCAGUGUCCUGCACAGCAGGUGCACAAGUGUACUCAGGUGUUUAAUUCAAGUGCCGCUGCAGUCAGCUGUUGAGUGCGCCGACCAUCCGUCACCGAUCAUGUUCGCUCUGCUUAUUGCUCGCUGGAUUAUGAACAAAUCACUUGUUCUAAAUGAUCUGUUCAAUAAGGAGUCUCUAGACUUUGUGUUCUUGAUUGUGACGAGGCAGCAAAAUGUGGAUCAUUUAAGGGAAAUCUGGAUGGCUGGCUGCUCCGUCAUUGGAACGCUGCAUGUUUCAGAAUGUGGUGGUGGACUUGUUGCUGUGUACCAGGACAGAUUCACAUGCAGGCUGAUGAACUCUGACUCCUUUUCUUCAUUUAAACUGCAGAUGAUUAAGGGCGGUUCUUUGAAAACCGUGUACUGUAUUUUAAUCUGCCGACCUCCUGGCAUUGACUUUAAUGACCUUGGGUCACCCUUCAUUAAUUUGGAGAAGGUUGUAACACUGGGAGAUUUUAAAGUUCAAAGUGACAAGUCCUGUAACACGGCUGCUGGUCUCAUCACUAUCAUAGAGUCUUUCAACUUUAAGCAACAUGUUUCUGGCCGCACACAUAUUAAGGGCCACACACUGGAUCUUGUUUUUUCCCUGCGUUUAAAUAUUGAUGUAUGUGUGGAGGAUAUACAUGCAAGUCAUCAUAGCUGUAUAUUUUUUAAUCUGUCAUUUUAUCGGUAUCCUUCACAUCCUGAACUGAUGAUUCAAAGACAGAUUAUAAGCCAGGGUGCUGCUGGACGGUUCUCUGCUUUGUUUGAUGCUAACACGUCUCAUAGUGAUGUUGACACAUUUGUUUUUUUCUUUAACAUUCAAUGUAAACCUACUUUUGACACAGCGGCACCUCUAAAACAAAGCAUCCAAUGUUCAAAUUUUUGUCCUUGGAUAUAUGAAAAUAUUUGUAAUUUUAGGAAAUAUUGUCGUAAGUUAGAACAUUUACGAAAGGCGUCCAAGCUUGAGGUUGAUAGGUUAAAUCUUAAAGAAUCAGUUUCUUCACUAAAUGAUAUGUUGAAAAAUACCAGAAUAGAUUAUUUUGCAUAUCUUACAGCUUCAAAAAAGAAAAAUCCUAAAGUCUUAUUUGACACAGUUAAGAAUUUUGUCUCUCACAAUGUUCCUCAUGUACCAGUGUUUACAAACUCUGAGUUCAAUGAGUUUCUGCACUGUUUUGUAAAUAAGGUCGUUCCCAUCAGGUCAAGUAUUUUUCCAACAUCCUUUCAAUAUCAUGUUUGCAAUUUCCUUACCUCUGAUAUCUGGUCCUCUUUUGCUCCUGU